AUGCUGGAGAAUUCCCUUGUUGAUUGUCUAAUAUGGUUACAGGAUCAACUUGGGGGAGUCGCACUGCUGUCGGGGAUCUUAUUUAUAAUGUUGGGCCUAAGUACUGACAGAGCACCUUCCCUCAUCUCUUCAAGAGCUCCCCCACCUUCAAUGGGAUUACCACCUUUUCCUGCAUCUUUGGAAGGUUAUAAAUAUGUAAUCUUGAAGCUGUGGCCAUUACAACUCACCAGAAAAGGCUUAUCAACCGCUACUACAUCAGCAUGUUUAACCUUCACUUUUUCUUCACAUAUAUUCGUCGGAUAUUUAGAAAUAUUUUUGUUCACGCAGAGCAGAUAUCUCAGGCAAUGAUUGUUAGAGGUUUUCGAGGGGACAGCACCACUCACAAAAUAUUCUUGUCAGCAGACUGAUCUAGUGGAGUUGCAAAUUAUAGUUCCAUAUAAUGCCUCUUUGGUCUAAUAACCUUAGUCACUUUGCCCAAGUACCUUGUAUAAUAAAACAUGACUAUUCAUCUGAAAAUAGAUCCGUCACUUGACCUUUUAACCUUCAACUAUCUUAACCUCCUAAACAGUGAAUAAUUUCCUUGUCUGCACCUUGUAGUCGAACUUCUUUCUGCUCUCCUUCCUCCACAUUUUUACUCCCUUUCCUAGAAAGUUGGAUUCUUUUCCUAGCAGAUGCCCAUGGAAAAGAAAACUGGCAAAAUCAGUUUUCUUUAAAAAUUGAAAGCGGCGGACCAAUAAUUA